AUUGAAACAAAUAUCUGCACUGUAUAAAUACGUUAUAUAGUUGAGAUGGACGUUGAAACAACAUAAAAGUGCAGUUAUUAAUGCGUUAAAGUACAAGUUUCAGCCAGCUGGGGAGCUAAUGGCUAACUGUUCACAACAGCAGUAACCGACAUAUCAACAGGUGACAGCAAACCAUCGUUCUCCAUCACUGUGAAACAUCUCAGUAACCAUGUCUUCAUCCAGAGCCUGGCAACAUCCAUACGUGAAUGUAUUUAAACACGUAAAAUUGGAAGAAUGGAAGAAAGCCACUAAAGAAGGAGAUGUCACAACCUACAUGGACAAGAUACUCAAGUGCACCGUGUUCUGUAUCCGUGGUUCAGUCCCCGCCAGCAACUACAUCUUGCUUCCCAAAACCAGCAGCCAAUCACUGGGCCUCACAGGCCACUACUUCUACCUUCUGUUCAGGCCCUGUCCCAGUAAAAACUUUGUAGUGCACUUGGAUGUGGUUGCAAAGGAGGGUCAGGUGAUCCGUUUGUCCUUUUCCAAUCUCUUCAAGGAAUUUAAAUCCACGGCGACCUGGCUGCAGUUUCCCUUUUUGUGUGGAUCCGCACCAGGGUCUGUGUACGAAAGCACAGCCAAAACUACCAAACAUGGUUUGGUUGGCCCAGUACCAGUGGGUGUACGAUGGACAUGCCUGGUGAUGGACCUUCGUUACAUUCUCUCCGUCUACCUAAACAGAACUCACAGCCACCUAAAAAGCGUCAAACUGUGUGCCAACAUGGCCGUCAAAAACCUUAUCACCAGCGACCUGCUUCUGGAUCCGGGACUGUCAUAUUCGGAGUACAAACAGUCAGGCUUGGUGUUGCCAGAGGGCACCGCACCCAUGCCUAGAGAAAUGUGUUUCCCAGUGCCAAAGGGUGGCAGCUGGCAUCAGCUCUAUGACUACAUAAGGUUUCCCUCUGAUGGUGCGAAGAUGCCAUUUGACUCCAUCCAAAAAGGACUUACUGCAAAUCCUCCGGUUGAUGAGAGUCCUUGCCGAGAGGAAUGUGUCAGCGACGGGAGCAUCAGCAAGCCUGUGCAGGACCGUGUCUCCCUCAUUCAGCAAAUCACCACAUCAAAACCUGGCGCUAAGCAGCGCUCACUGCUCCUCUCCUCCGGCCUGCCCGAGCUCAUCUCUACGCCCCCUGGAGACGGAUGCAGCCCAAGAUUAGCAGGUUCGAUUUCUCAGAGGAAGGAAGACAGCAGGGUGGUGUGCGAUAAUGGAGAUGGGGUUCAUGUGUACGCUCACUAUGAGGAAGAUGACAUCAGCGGCUAUUCGACAGACAGCGAUGAAGUGGUGGUGGUCAAUGCUGCUGUUCCUCGACCUUCAUCUUUACCGACUACCAUGCCAGCAAAGCAGAGACAUAAGCUGCACCCAGACCCCAUAUUGAAGCUGAGCAAGAUCAUUGGCUUUGGUGGAGCUACAAUGAGAUGUGCUGUGUGGGCUUGUGAAGGACAAGAGCUGGUGUACCCGUGUCAUGCCAUCAUUAUCAGUAUGAAGCUCUCGUCUGGCCAACAGAGAUUCUUUAUUGGCCAUACAGACAAGGUUUCUGCUUUGGCGCUGAAUGCCGGCUCGACUCUUUUGGCAUCAGCUCAAAUUGGUACCCACUGCCUUAUUCGUCUCUGGAGCUACAGCAAGGGAGCCUGUCUAACCAUUGUCAAAACACAAACACACUCGCUACGCUCACUCAGUUUUUCCUACAGUGGUGGAGUUCUGUGUGGAGUGGGCAAAGACAAUCACAACAAAACUACAGUUGUAGUGUGGAAUACACAACGAGUCCUGAAAGGUGGUGUGGUUUCAGUCUUGGCUAAAGCUCACACAGAUGUUGACAUCCAGACCAUGAAGAUAGCCUUUUUUGAUGAAACACGUAUGGUGUCUUGUGGCGUGGGUAACGUGCGUUUGUGGCGUGUACGGGGUGGCUCUUUGCGUUCGUGCCCUGUAAAUUUGGGACAGCAUCACAGCUUGGAGUUUACAGACCUCGACUUCGAGCAGGGACAUGCUCCGGAUAGACAGCCAGACGAGCGCUCACUGUUUGUCAGCAGUAGAAGUGGCCACAUUUUGGACAUUGACUAUGCUUCUGUGACAAUAAAGCAUGUCAGAGGACUCCUCCCAUCUCGGCAAAACCACACCCACCAGCAAGAGACGCAGACUUUAAGCACAGGUUCGGGCAUUGCGGUGAACAGCAUCAGUGUGUGUAAUGCAUUCUGUGCCACUGGUUCCGAGGACGGGUUCCUGCGUCUCUGGCCUUUAGACUUCUCCUCUGUUUUCCUGGAGGCAGAACAUGAAGGGCCAGUCAGUCUGGUGUGUGUAUCAUCCGAUGGUCUGAGUGUCCUGGCAGCUACCAGCACAGGAAACCUUGGAUACCUGGAUGUUGGUAGUCGUGCUUACCGAACACUUAUGAGGUCUCACACAGCCACAGUGUUGGGCUGUAGCGUGGACGGAACCCGACGCCAAAUCACCACAGCAUCCCGAGAUGGAACCAUUCGUGUGUGGGACAUGGACUCCACCCAGCAGCUGUAUGACUUUGUAUCUGAUGAAGACAAUGAUGCACCAUGCUCAGUGGCAUUUCAUCCCAACAAGCCCAUUUUUGUCUGUGGUUCCAACUCAGGAACCGUGAGAGUGUUUGACAUCCCAACAUCCAGCUUACUUGCACAGCACAGACAGCAUCGGGGAGCAGUGGUGGGACUGGCGUUUUCUCCCAACGGUAAACAUCUAUAUAGUGCUGGCUCUCUGGGAUAUCUCGUCCUUUACGAUGCUUCCCAUCCAGAAUAUAAUGUCCUCAGAGUGCUAGGUAACGUGGUUGCUCGAGGAACAGAGCGAGGUCCGGAUGCUCUGGCUGUAAGUUCUGAUAGUAACAGUUUGGCGUUUGUCGGACCCACAGAAUACACAGUAACUAUUAUGGACGCUCGUUCACUUGAUGAGGUAUUGCGGGUGGAUGUGAGUGUGUUAGAUGUUGAGAGCACGACCCUGGACUCUGCCUUGAAGGUGUGUUUCUCUCCUUCUUCUCUCUCACAUCUGCUGGUCACCACUUCAGCCAACAAGAUCCUUUGGAUUAACAGUCGCACUGGAAGACUACUCAGAGAGGUGUCUGAGGUUCAUAAGCAUCAGUGCGUCUCUUUGGCUGUCAGUCAGGAUGGACGUUACCUGCUCACAGCUGGACACAAUGCUGUGAAGGUCUGGGACUACAACAUGAAUCUGGAUGUCAAUUCCCAGGUGUUUAUUGGGCACUCAGAACCCAUUAGGCAGGUAUCCUUUACCCCUGACCAGAUGGGUGUGGUUUCAGUGGGUGAUGCAAUCUUUUUUUGGGAUUUCCUGGCUCACCCACUGCAGUUGCCCACCUUCAGUGUUGACUCCAAUGUGGUGAUCGCCUCUUCUUCAAGAGCAGGUGAAGGAUGGGACCAUGCUCCUUCCAAGACUGUUGUAGUGAAACAUGGCGAGAAGGACUUUGAUGAAGCCUUGUCCAGUGGGAUACCUCGAAAGGCCCCUCCUCCACCCAUCUCUCCUCUCAAUGUGAGUGCCACAAAGAUGAAAGAAAACGAAGGUUCGAUCUUCCUGUCGCUUACUGACGAUAAUGAAGAAGUGCAGCCCUUUGUUGGUCACUCCCCUGCUCCCAGACAUACCUCCUUCCUGCGCGUCACUGAACUGGGUGAGCUUCGAGACAUGUCCGAUUCUCCAGCCGAUCGGAUCAGAGAGGAGGCAAAUGGGCAGGAGCUGAAGCGGGUCCGUCCUGAUUGUUACAAACACUUCACACCUCGUUACAAAACGUCUACACCUGACCAGAGUGCUGUAACUCCACCUCCUGGACAAGAAGGACUGUGUCUCAAGGCUGUGAUUGGCUACAAUGGCAAUGGACAUGACAACAUGAUCUGGAAUCCAGACACAGGUCUGUUUGUGUACACCUGCGGGUGUGUGGUGGUGGUGGAGAAUCUUCAUGAUGGUUCUCAGACACACUGGCUCGGCCACACUGAGGAGAUCUCGACUCUUGCUGUCACUCAUGAUGCACAGAUGGUGGCCUCUGCAUCAGGAGGCAGAGCAUCAUCCAAAAGCCUCAUUUGCAUAUGGAACAUUCAAGACGGAUCUCGCAGAAACUGCAUUUCAUACCAUAAGGGGUCGGUACAGAGCCUGGCUUUCUCCAGAGAUGACCUCUACUUCCUCUCAGUGGGGGAUUUUCAGGAGUCAGUGGUGGGGCUGUGGAGCACACAAACAUUUGAGCUGCUCUGUUCAGUCAGUGCCAGCGUCCCACUGCAUGAGGCAGCGUUCUGCCCCAGUAGGGUCAACCAGCUGGCAUAUGUUGGCUCCAAUUCUGUAUUUUUCUGCUACAUACAAACUCAUGGACAUGGGGCAGAAUUACAGGUACAAACGAUGGGUUUGCCAGAAGAGAUUGGAGAGUCAGAGGUUACGUCACUCUGCUAUAACUCUGACUCCAUCCUUUACACUGGGACGAACAGUGGCAGUGUCUGUCUGUGGGACUGCAACACACACCGCUGCUUCAUGACCUGGGAGGCUGAUGAGGGAGAAAUCGGUGUGUUGCUGUGCCGGGGUAACAGGCUGCUUACUGGUAGUAACAGUAAGAAGUUGAGAUUGUGGUCAGUCACUGCAGUGCAAAAUCAAACAAACAAAGAGACAGCCAACUUGAACCGUAAUGCUCAGGUGCUGCUGGAUCAAGAGAUGGUGCUGGAUGGCACUGUGGUGAGUGCAGUAUUUGAUGAUGCCAUGGACAUGGGAAUCGUGGGUACGACUGCAGGAACUCUGUGGUACAUCAGCUGGACUGAUAACACCAGUAUACGUUUGAUCAGUGGACAUAAGAGCAAGGUGAAUGGUGUAGUAUGUAGUCCAGACGAGAGACAUUUUGUCACAUGUGGAGAAGAUGGCAGCGUGAGAGUGUGGGCAUUGCCUAGCAACGAGCUGCUGGUGCAGUUUCAAGUUCUUAACCAGAGCUGCGAGUGUGUGUGUUGGAGCUCAUCAGCAGGCAGCUGCAAGCCUAGCGAAGUUGGGCACGUGGCUAGUGGGUACAGUGACGGUUCUGUAAGAAUCUUCAAUGUGGCAUCAGCUGAAAUGGAACUUAAACUGCAGCCGCACCGUGGAGCUGUGAGCGCUCUGCAGUACUCACACUAUGGUCAGGUGUUGCUUUCAGGAGGAAGAGAUGGCGUUGUUACAGUGAGCAGUCUGUUAACCGGAGCCUCAAUACGCAUCAUCAAUGACCACAAAGGGGCGCCUAUUACUGCUUUACAGUGCUCCAACAAACAGUAUAAGGAAUACGGUCUGGAAGGCAAUGAGCUCUGGUUGGCCGUCAGCGAUGACCGGCGUGUCAGCAUCUGGGCUGCCGACUGGGCAAAAGACAAAUGUGAGCUGCUUGACUGGCUGACGUUUCCAGCUCCCGCCCCUCCUCAGCAUGCUGCUAGUUUGCCACCCAGUCUGGCAGCCUUCAGCCCUACAGAGAGAGGAGUGGUGGUUUAUACUGGCUAUGCUGCUCAGAAAGAACUGACCUUCUACUGCCUGAAAAAGAAACAGGUGGUGAGGACAGUUUCUCUUACUGAAUGGGCUCUAUCUCUUAGUCUAUGUUGUAAGGGAAGAUUACUCGCCACUGGAUCGAAUGAGCGUGUGCUAAAGCUGAUCGAUUCCUCCAGCGGCUGUUUUCAGGAUUUCACCUGCCACAGUGACUCUGUUUACUGCUGCAGCUUUAGCCAAUCGGGAGCACAGCUGUUCACUGCAGCGCAUGGCGAGGUCUUCCUUUGGACACUUAAAGGCCUGUAAACACACACAUAUACACACUACAUGAAGGGGAGAGAAAGUGAAGAUGGAUUUCCACCUGAGUGAACCUGCUUUUCAUUCCGUUUAACACUAUUUAUCUGUUUGUGUAGCUGUAUUUGUUAAAAGCUGCUUGUUCUAGGAAGUUUUUCCAGUAUGUGAAGUUUCUCAACAUGAAGUUUAACUUGAAAUCUUUUUUAAAAUACAUUUUACAAGUUACUCAUUUUUAAAUACUUUUUUAACAUGUGUUUUGUUGUUCUGUUUUGUUGAAUUAAAUUCAAUUUAAAAUCGAA